AUGGCAGAAAUGCGAUACCUCCUCAUCCUCCAACUCUCACCCUACGCCCUUCUCCUCUUUCCGGCUUCCAGUCAGUCCUCUGACGACUUCAAAACACCACUUUCCACACUGCCACCGUACACAUCCGCACUGGUACCAAGCAUCAGCCUGCUCUCCAACAGAGAAUGCCACGUGCUGCAUCGCACCACUGCGUGCACGUUUCCUCUCAAUUCCACAGUGCUCAACACAACUGGCGAUGCUCCAUUCGAUCGCAUUCAAACCCGGCCACCCUAA